AUGCUCGACACGCAGCGAUGCUACGACCUCUUUCCAGGAUUGUUCCAAGGGACUGAACAUGCCCCAUGGAGCCGUAAGGGUGCACACAUUACACCGAAAGCGCUUGCAGAUCUAGCUUCGAUGGAGGGUAGCUACCAUGGCAUUGUUUACGAGGGCGAAGUCUACAUUCUGGACGCCAAACCCGGUAACACUCUCUCCAGGGGCACGGCUACUUUGCUGGACAUGUAUCGGGCCAUCAUCACCGCGCCUGAGCCAGUGCCGAAUGUCGAGUUCGUCUUCUUCGACCUCGAUCUCCCUCCAAAUGUGCCGGCAUGGGGUUAUGCAGCGCGACAGAACGAAGAGGCCGACCUAUGGUUGAUCCCAGAUUUUGGCCACUGGACAUGGAGUCAGCCUAAAGUCGGCAGUUACAACCAGGUGCGACGCCUGGCCGCUGCCAUUGACCGCAAGGACGGACCAAAUCACGUUGCCUGGGAAGACAAGAAUCCGACCUUACUAUGGCGAGGUAGACUCUCCGGAUGGUGGCGUGAUGACAUGUAUGAUGCCAGCAAAGGUCACGGCUGGUCGGAUGUACAGGGUAUGGAUUGGGGUAGUCGUACGGACGUCGAGGCAAAGCACCUUUCCAUGCCAGACCAUUGCACGCACAAAUAUCUCGCCCACGUCGAAGGCGUGAGCUACUCUGGUCGGUUGAAGUAUCUUCAAAACUGCGAGAGUGUUAUCGUUAUGCCUGAGCUUGAUUGGCAGCAGCAUUGGUACGGGCUGUUGCAGGCAGAUGGGCCGAAUCAAAAUUAUGUUCGGGUACGGCGGGAUUGGAAAGACCUACCAGAGAAGAUGGACGAGCUGCUAGCGGACGACGAGUUUGCACAUCGCAUCGCAAAGAAUUCAGCGCGCACCUUCCGAGAUCGAUACCUUACGCCGGCAGCCGAAGCGUGCUACUGGCGCGCGCUGCUUGCGCGAUGGCGAGAAGCCAGCUUCGAGCCGGAGCUGUAUGAAGUCAAAAACGGGGUCAGCCAGAUUCGUGGCGUCUCACUGGAAUCCUUUCUCUGGCAACGGCGGCUUGAGUGGGAUCCUUCAUGA